CAUUAGUUUUUUCAGUCCUAAAUCCCAAGAUGCUUCUUCUUCCUCGGUUCCUCUUCCAGCCCCCCUUCCCCGACCCCUAGAGCGAAGAGGCGCGGCGCGGCGCGGAGCGGAGAUGGCGACGACGCUGAAGGGCAUGUGGGGGCAAGUGAUGGGCAAGAAGGGAGAGGCGGUGCGGGAGCUGGAGGUCUCCAUCCGGGCGAAGGGCAACGUGACCCAGAUGGAGGACGCGCUGCUCCGGGCCUGCAUGCUGUUCUCGAACCUGAGCUACACCGCGACCUCCGCGGUGGUCAGUCUCGUUGGAGCGUUCGCUUCUGGCCAAGUACAUAAAAUUGUUGGGGGUCAACCUAUGCCUCGACUAUUCAGGCUUGGUUUGUCUGCUGGUGUUGGUUUGACUGCAGGGAAGAUGAUGUAUUAUGAAUCGUUGCAUGCAACUAGCCUAUACAUAUUGGGCCGUGGAGAGGAGCCCUUUGAGCGCUUGAAAAUGGAGCUCGCUAAUAUAAUACUUACUAAGCAUAGUGAUGAAAAGUUAUCGGUUGAAGCUGUAAAAAAGCAUUUCUUUGCCGAGAAUCUCUACACUGAUCAAUACCAGGAUAAAUUACUUUUCCGGUGGCGCCAACGUUACUCGUAUGUUGACAGCACCUAUCUGGAAAGGGUGAAGGAGAUUGAAGCAAACAACUCAGUGGAUAAGGACAAAACAAUGUCUGCCCAGACAACGGGAUCAUUUGGGAACCUCAUGGAGGACCCACUGGCCUGUAUACUGGGUUCUCCAGACAGCGACAUGGAGAAUGAUAAACCGCCUGAGCGCACAGCUACUAUCCUCAGGAAAAGAGACCUGCGAGCUCGGAGGAGAAGUCAGCGGCAUCAUCGUCGGCAUGCGGCAUUGUGAAGGUCCGAUAUUGUCACUUCCAUACAUGGAGCAGUGAUACUUGAUGUUCGAAUGUUUCAAUUCUCUUCGACAAUGUUGCAAACACACUUUUGAUAUUCUAUAAAGAGCUCAUGUGAAUCUGAGCUCCAUUGCGCCA